UGGAAUUGGAAUGUCUCUCAAGCUGCCACGGUACUGGGAUUUCAACCUGAAAAUGGACAUGUCCAAAAUAGUUCGCUCGCAGAGCAUGAUGGCAGUGGAUCCAAAGGGGUCUGGCAGCUGGUCCCAUCCCCCCAACCCGCUGGAGCGGCCUCUGAAAGCCGGCUGGCUGAAGAAGCAGCGCUCCCUUGUCAAGAACUGGCAGCAGAGAUAUUUCGUGCUGAAAGGGCAACACCUGUAUUACUACAAGGAUGAGGAAGACCUCAAGCCCCAGGGCUUGGUCCGUCUUCAUGGGAGUGCCGUCAGGGAAGUGGCUGCCACCUCUGACGAAGUUGGGAGGUUUGUCUUUGAAAUCAUUCCAGGCAACUCAGGAGACCAGAAUCGAACUGGACAAGACGCUUACGUGCUGAUGGCCAAUUCCCAGGCUGACAUGGAAGAGUGGGUCAAAUCGCUCCGAAGGGUGGUGGGAUCUCCUUUAGGAGUGGUUUUUGGCCAACAGCUGGUGGAGACCAUGGUAUAUGAACAGAAAUUUGGGCAGCAUCAAGUCCCUAUAUUGGUUGAGAAAUGUGUAGAGUUCAUAAAGAAGCAUGGCCUGAAUGAAGAGGGGAUCUUCCGGCUCCCUGGCCAAGACAAUCUAGUGAAGCAACUGCGGGAUGCAUUUGACGCUGGAGAGAGGCCCUCCUUUGACCAAGAUACAGAUGUACACACUGUGGCUUCCUUAUUUAAACUUUACCUCAGGGAACUUCCUGAACCAGUCAUACCUUGGACACAGUAUGAGGGCUUCCUCUUGUGUGGCCAGCUUCUGAAUGCUGAUGAAAAAAAGGGUCAUCAGCAGCUAGUAAAGCAGUUGGCUCUCUUACCCCGAGACAGUUAUAACCUUCUCAGUUACAUCUGCCGGUUCCUGUAUGAAGUCCAGCAGAGUUCAACCACCAACAAAAUGAGCGUGGAGAACCUGGCAACAGUAUUUGGCGUGAACCUCAUCCGCCCAAAGAUGGAGGACCCUGUGACUAUUAUGAGAGGUACUCCCCAGAUCCAGAAAGUGAUGACGGUGAUGAUCAGUGACCAUGCAAAACUCUUUCCUGUCUCCAGAGAUGUGGUUCCAUCUCCACCUCUCCAGAAGAGUGAUUCCAAGAAGGCCCCGGUGGCACGCAGCUCAGUUGGCUGGGAUGCUGUACAAAGACCGCUAACCUCCAGAGGAGAGAACAGAAGCCUCUGCCAAACAAAAGAUGAUCUAGAAGCUUCCAGCUCCAAAUUAGCUGGUGGGUCAGAUACAUCAGAGGAAGAUAAUGGGGAGCUACAGCCCAAAGGCAUUCUGGGAACAUGUACAGUACAGUCUCGGAAAAGAACUCAAACACUUCCAAACAGAAAAUGUUUUCUGAAUUCUUCUUCCAUCAGAGGGAACCAAAGCGUUGACCGAAAUGACAUUUUCAGUAGUGACUUCUGGUCAUCAUCUUCCACGGUCCAUCCCAAUCCUGUUUCUUCUGUAGCUGGUCACAAAAGGACACUGUCGCAGGGACUUUCUAAGUUGCUCAAUUUCUCACAGAUGUCAAACACUGACAACAUCUGUGAUUCUGUGCCAGAAACUAGGAAAAAGACUCAAGAGAGCCCUUUGACCCAGAUUAGUGAUAAUUCUGGGAAGGGGCUUCAGACAAGUGGAAGUCCUACCCCUGGUCAAAAUGGGGUUCCAAAUCCUAGUCCUGAAGAUGAGAGUUCCUCUCCAGAGGACCCUGAGCUGCUUAGGAAGAUUAUUGCAGGUCUGAAAAUGGAGAUGGAGACGCAGAAAAAGGACUACGAGGAGCAGAUUAGGAGCCUUGAGAAGGAAAACUACGAAGUCUGGGCUAAAGUGGUGAAGCUGAAUGAAGAGAUCGAGGAGCAGAAGAAGACGAAUGCAGAGCUGGAACGUCAGCUUCAAAACGUCACGUGUUCCAGGGACGACACGGAGAAGAAGAACAAACGCCUCAUAGAUUCCUUACAAUCCGUCUGCCAGCCUGCAGCAAAAGCCGAAUAGAGGAAAGGGCUACCUCUCCGAGUGGAAAUUAGCCAGGGGAUGGACUCCUUUCUGUCAAAGAACUGUUGCACUGGACCAUAUAGUAGUCCAGACUCUGGUGGGUUCAUGGAGGUGGAAACCCUUUCCCCCAGAAUGCUGGAGAGCUGCAGGCUGCUUAAAAUACUACAUUUGCAAUAGCCGGCAAAUGUCCUUCCGACCCCCUUUGAUUAAAAAUGCAAUUCCUACGCCCAAAGUCACACAAA